GUGACCAAAUAUUGGUAAAUUUUUGAAUUUGUUGUGGCAGUAACAAGUACCUGGAGAUUUAUGGAAAUGAAGAUGAAGAUGUUGAUGUUGAUGUACUGUGGGAUGUUGAUGGUGGUAAUUACACAUGUCGAAUGUGAGUUGAGGGAUUAUCGGGAUCCCUGGAAAGGGCUGCCGAUGUUGUGUUCAAAAGAAGACCCGAGGAAUGUAUCUAUUUCCUGUCAUGGAGUGAGAAUUGUCAAGCGAGUUAUACAACAGUUGUUGGAACGUGCUGCCACUACAUCAAGGAUUCAAAUUACUGAUGGAAUUAGCAUUGUUGAUGAUGAAACUCGGGGAAGUGGUAAUUCAGGGGACAGAAAAGCUAGAACUCUGCAGAGCACUAUUUUGGGAUUGUUCCAGGGUAGAGAGCUGAGAAUUAAAUUAAGUAAUCUCUUGCCUUUUGAUUGGGAGAGUUUUGCUACUGAUGAAGAAGGCCGUAGAAGAAACGACUACGGACUAGGAGGGGGUAAAAAAGGCAACAACAAUAUUUUCAUAAUGGCACUAUUAAUGGGUAAAAUGUUGGGAGUAAUUGGCUUCAGUACAUUGGGAUUUUUGACAAUGAAAGCAUUGAUGGCUUCCUCAUUAGCGCUAAUGCUGUCGAUUAUUCUGGCGGCUAAAAAGUUUUCAACAAACAGCCAACCCAGUGAAAAUCACAUUGUCUACGCAGCGCCAAUACCAGCGCCCGUGGAACCUCAUCAGCGACGCAGAAGACACGCUCAGGAUAUCAAGAUGUCGCCCUAUCACGGCUGGUUGAAGAGUAAUAUCAAAGUUCUGCCAAAGUCUCUAUAA